CCUCAAGGUCACGUCGUGAAUUCGAACCUGGGGUUCCUCAUAUAACUUGUUGGAUGAUUUAACUGUGAAUAUGUCGAACUCUAUGCUGACAUUAGAUCCAAACUGUACAGUAUUUCUCAUGUGUGAUGUACAAAAAAGCUUAUUAAACACUGUUAUCGACUCGGAUAAUGUUCAUUUGCGUAUAUCUCACAUUUUACAAUUAGGCAAAGCAUUGGGUAUCCCAUUGUUAGUUACUGAACAGUAUUCUAAAGGUCUAGGUAAGACGUCAGAUUCUCUCGAUAUAUCACAUGCAUUAUGUGUGGUUGAUAAAACUUCUUUUUCUAUGUAUCACGGAUUAAUCGCUGAGAAACUAGCUGAGUUUCGUGAUCGUUUCAUUGUUUUAUUUGGACUUGAAGCACAUAUAUGUAUUUUACAAACUGCUCUGCACUUAUUGUCUGAAAAUUAUAAGGUUGUUAUCGUAGCCGAUGCAUGCAGUUCUCGUAGUGCUGUUGAUAUGAGAAUUGCUCUACAACGUUUAAAUUCUACUGGUAUAAUACUAUCAACAACUGAAUCAUUGUUAUUUGAACUAAUUAAAACAAAAGAUUCACCAUAUUUUAAUUUAGUUAAAAGUAUAGUACGCACACAUUUACCAGAUCAUCCUGCAUUGAUCAAUUAUUGAAUUCAUUAAGAUCCAUAUCCGUUCUCUUCUUCUUCUUCUUCUUCGAAAGAUUCAUCCUCUAAAAAAUCCAAAUUCUGUAUGAUUUUAUAUUUGAAAUUAGAAUACAACAUAUUUUCCAUGAA